CGCGGCUCCGCCAAUCAGGGCGCAGCUCGGGGCAGAUUAACCCAAACAGCCCUGGUGCUGCUGUGUAGUAGCAGCCUCAGAAACAAGCUCCCGAUCCUCGUGGACUCAGUCUGGGCAGAUGGGGACUGACUGUUUGGUCAAAAUAACAGGAAAUUCCUAAUAGCCUUUUAUUUUUGUAUUUAGUUUGAAGCGGAAUCAGGAGGGAGAUGGAGGCUUGCUCGAUUAUAGGAGAAAGCACGGAUGCGAUAGUGAUGGAUGAAUCCCCUACGGAUGAAAUGGGAAUUCAGGAGGCUUACCAAAGCGAGAUCCCAGCGGUGUCUCUGUGCCCUCCUGACAGCGAGUGCUCAGCUGAAGCCCAGUUGACAGUCAUCCAGUCUGAAGGGGAGCUGUGUGACAGCUGCAGCAGCCUCGGCAGACCCUCUUCCUCCUGCCAGCUUUAUCACCAAGUCCCCCAGGGUCCUCAAGCUGGGGCCUAUGAUUCGCCGCAGACCCGAAAAUGUCCCCACUGCAGCCAUUACGGUCCAAUUAAACCAAAGACAUGCCACGACUGUCAUUCAAACACAACAGGUCCUCAUGCUAAAGGAUGUGUAGCGGUGAAAGGGGGACACAGUCGUAGUUCUGCCCAUCAGACGUCUCGCCAUGGCGCGGUGAGAUGUCAUUGGCUGCGUGGGUCAAAUGAAAGCCGGACACAGAAACCGACGCAGCGACAUGUGGUGACAGUAAGGGAUGGAGGAUUCUACUGCAUCCUUAGACGUUAUUCCCAGAUGAUAGUGGACUACCCAUUAGCAGUGUUGGUGGGUUGUGCCGUGCUGCUGCUGGGAUGCUCACUGGCUGGACUCUUCAUUGGUCCACUGCCAGAUUUCUCUGACCCAUUGCUAGGCUUUGAGCCACGGGGAACAUACAUCGGAGUUCGCCAGUCCAGCUUGACUGAGCUGCAGGAGAACACUGGCCCGGGGAGAAAACUGUCUCCUUUACCACAGCAGCUCAGUGAAAGUUUUGGGGGUACUGUCAGUGGAGAUGACAGUGGCAGCCAGGACGCCUCCAGGCUUCGCAUCAAGAGGAUGCUGGCUAGAGACUCAUCUCCAGACACGUUCCUCUGUGAUGCUCCAGGCGAGCGUUCGGCUCAGCUGGUGUUUCGAUCAGAAAACUCGGCCAGUCUGUGGAGUCUGAAGGCCGUCCACGCCAUGUGUGAGAUGGAGCAAUCCCGGAUUCGCUCCCAGGCUCAGUUCCAGGACUUGUGCCAGCAGCAUGUGAGGGGAGAGGCCGAGGGAACGUCCAGAGGUGGCUGUUGUCCGAGCUGGUCUCUGGGGAAUUACUUGGCUGUGCUCACUAACGCCUCCUGCUGCCUCAGCCUCACCUCGCACCAGGUGUCUGAAUCUCUGAAACUUCUCAGGAAAUGUGCUCCGUAUUAUCACGAAGGACAACUGGUGGAAGCCUGUGUCGAGAGACCCAAACAUGGCGGCUGCUCCUCUGUGCCAUCCCGCUGUAAACAAUCCUCUGUGGUGUUCCAAAUCCUGCACUUUUUGGUUGAUAAAGACUUUCUCGGCCCGCAGACUGUCGAAUACCAAAUCCCUACGCUGAAGUACAGCCUUCUGUUCUUACCCAUCGACAAAGGAGAACACAUGAUGGAGAUGUAUAUGAACAGUCUUGAGGGCAGGGAUCUGACGUUCAACAACACCACUAUCACUGGCAUGGACUUUGGCAUCAAGCAGAGGCUUUUCAAGUAUUACCUGGCAAGAGAUUCAAUCUACCCUGUGCUAGCUGUCGUGUCUCUUCUUUUCACUAUGGCUCUUUAUCUCCACUCUCUCUUUAUAGUAGCGUUAUCUGUAAUAGCAAUCACAGGCUCCCUCCUGACCUCCUAUUUCUUCUAUAAAGUAGCAUUUCACCUGACAUUCUUCCCCCUGGUCAACCUCUCUGCAGCUCUUAUUCUCUUGGGAAGCUGCUCCAACCAGGUUUUUAUCUUCGCUGAUUUCUGGAAUCUGCAGCUAUCCCAGAACCCCUCAGCCUCCCUGGAGAAGAGAGUAAACAGAGCUUUGCAGGAAGUCGGCUAUUUGAUUUUAGCGUCGGGGUUGACCUCCAGCGCAGCCUUUUUCUCUGGUUAUUUCAGCAGCAUCACAGCAAUCAGAUGUUUCUCUGUUUAUCUGGGAACUGCCUCGUUUAUCAGCUCAAUCUUGGCGUUGGUGUGGCUGCCGUGCUCUUUCAUUCUGCGCGAGCGCUACACAGAAGCAUCCUCUGCAUCUGAAGUAGUGCAGGGAUGGAAACCGUGCUGCUCCAAAAACACCGGCGGCUUCUGGGAUACGAGCUCACGCAGGAGAUGCCUCUUUACUCUCGGGCAAAAGCUGAGAGAAUUAAAAAGAGGCUUCAGCGACACUUCCAAUUUGUUAUUUCUGAAAAUCCUGCCUUGCGGAGUAGUGAAGUUCAGGUACAUCUGGGUGUGCUGGUUUGCAGUGCUGGCUGGUGGGGGCAUAUACAUGUCCUGCAUUGACCCAGGCAUGAAGCUGCCCACCUUAGACAGCAAGAUCGCCCAGCUUUUCCGCUCCAGUCACCCGUUUGAAAGAUAUGACGCAGAGUAUUGUCACAUGUUUAUGUUUGAGAGACAGAGAAAUGGAGAGGAUAAACCGGUUACGUUGAGGCUUGUUUGGGGUGUCAAACCAACUGAUAAUGGGGAUCACUUUAACCCCAAGAGCAAUGGCUCUUUGGUUCUUGACCCAGGCUUUAACAUGAGCCGGCCAGACGCUCAGGUUUGGUUGAGGGACUUAUGUGGACGGGUUCAGAACCAAAGCUUUUAUUCCCCUCCAUCACCUGAGGAUAAAGACGUUAUGACAGAAAAUAUCUGUCUUGUGGAGCAGCUAAUACAGUGGGUCUCUGUCAGACGGUGCUCAGAGAGUGAUGACUCCCUCCAUUUUUGUUGCAAUGACAUCCCUUUCCCCUACACACCCAGCGUUUUUGAGAACUGCCUCACUAUGAUGCUGGUGGAGAGGUAUGCUGAGGGCCAUCUGGCCCACAGCGGAGGCCUGUAUUUCCAUCCAGAUGGCAGGGUCGCUGCCCUCGUGUUGGCGUUCAAAACCACAUACCUCCACAGCUUCAACUACAGCAGAGCCAAUCUUUUCUACAGAGAAAUCCUCAGAUGGUUUAACAGAGAAAUAUCAGGAGCACCACAAGGGCUGGAGAAUGGCUGGUUCGUCAGUCAUCUGUCUCUUUUUGAUCUACAACAGGCUUUAAGUUCCGAGACUCUAGUAGUAGCAGGCUUCUCAGUAGCUCUUACGUUUGCUUUGCUUCUUUUAACCACCUGGAAUAUUCCACUGAGCAUAUAUGGGACUGUAGCUGUAGGAGGAAGUGUUUUUGUCACUAUUGGCCUCCUUGUUCUUCUUGAAUGGCAGCUGAGCGGAAUCGAGGCCUUGUUUAUAUCAUCAGCCGCAGGGCUGUCUGUUGAUUUUAUUGCCAACUACUGUAUUUCCUACAGCUUGGCUCCUCAUUCAGACAAAAUUGGGAAAGUAGCACACUCCACUAAAAGGAUGGGAUGUCCUGUAGCAAUAGUUUCUGGUGCAUUUUUCUCCAUGGGGAUCAUCAUGUUGCCUGCCACGGUCUUGCUGUUCAGAAAACUGGGGAUUUUCCUCUUUUUGGUGAAAUGUGUAGCGUGUGGAUUUGCAACCUUCUUUUUCCAGUCCCUAUGCUGCUUUUUUGGACCCCAGAAAAACUGCGGAAAGAUCACGCUGCCAUGUUUUUCAGAUCACAAUGAUGGCGUGCUGUCCUCUUGCUCGGCAGCAGAGCCCGAUUCCUCGGCAGCCUCGGCUGCAAACGGGGCCUUUAGCAGAUCUAGAGUGAGGAGGAGUUAUGACAAAGAAGCAGGUGGCUAUCUCUACCCUGACCAACAACAUCAGCAGAGACAGAAACCGACUGGAGCUGGGGGAGGUGGUGGCCGAGGGCCGGAGCAGUAUGAGCUGCAGCCAUUGGCCUAUCGACUGAGCGACAGCUUUGAAAACAGCACCUGCACCAGUAAGCUGUCCAACCGGCCGUCUGUGCUCUCUGAUGAGAUUGAGUACAGCAGGAGAGAUAUGGGCAGGAAUAGCAUGGAUGGGGACAGUGCGGAGAUGUGCAGUCAUCAACAUACGACCUGCCAACCACCUCCAGCCCUGCAGACUUCAUCUCCGUACAAAGAAAACACCCUGCGGCCUCUAGGCAUGGCACAAGAAGACAUAACGAAGGACAAACUGCUGUGUAAAACAUGCAGAGAUCAGUCUGGAGGGGUGAAGCACUGGAGCAAUACAUCCUUUUCCUCAUCUUCCAGCAUGGAGGACACCAUCAUAAGCCACACACUGGAGACCAUUGACCAGCCAUCUCUCUGCAAAGCAGACCAAACCACAGAGGACAGCCUCCAUCCCCAUCAUCACUCCAACACAGGGCACCUCUCCUCCCAGUCCCAGAGCUCCUGCGAGGGUCUGGAGGACUCUAAUGAAACAUGUCUGAGUGACAUUGAACCAGGACCUUCCAAUACGCAGCAAAAUGAAGGAGAAGAGGUUCAGUUACAACCAGGACAUCUGAACAGGAAGAGAGACACACUUCGUCUUUCACUGAAAGAAACCGUUUAUGAGACUUGUAAUAAGGGCCGCACCAGUCAGAGUGAAGAAGUUGUCAUCUUACCCAACAGUAAGCCAGACCUGCCAGACGUUUGGAUAAAGAGAGAUGGACAACGGGAGGAUACAUGUUGAGCAGAGUUGAAGGAAUCUUUGCAAACACUGUGCAUUAAUUGCUCUGAAUUUAUAAAAAGAAAGAAGACACUGAGCAUACACUGUUUGCUUAAUACUCAAAGGAAAUAUAAGCCAACUGCAAAUGUAACAUGACAGCAUGUUUGUCAAAUGUUGCUGCUGAGGUGGUUACAGUGUGUGUUACAGGAUCAGAGUAUGAGUGUCUCUUCAGCGAAAGGUCAAAUCAAAUUAUCACUUCUUAAAACUGGCAUUUUCAGACAGAAGACAAAGACUCUGCUGCAGCGUUAACUUUGCCUGGACGCUUUUCACAUCUGCACAGACUAAUCUGUGUGCAGACACUGGCCUUUCUCCGUGCUGGAAUUGUCCUCAAUGAGCCAUAUACAUUCAUGGACUUCUGAAUAUUAAAAAAUAUAGACAUGUGAGACGCAUAGAAAAAGAGCUCCAUUAAGUAGCAAACUGUCACUUGACUACAGUCAGUUGGUUUUGCACUGGCGAUAAUAUGUACAAUGUCCUUUGUGACCAUGACGUACAAAGCCAGAAAGCUACAGUUUGUAAUGUGUCAUUUGUAGUGUCAUGGCUUAUUUGUAUAUUAUAGUGUGUCAGUGUCAAACUAAGAGUCAUGCUGUUUAUUCCAGUGUCAGUGCCAAAAUAUUUUAAAUGUUUACUUACUGUACUAAAAGGCAAAAAAGGGUUUCUAAUGCAGAUAUAACACUAUAUGUGGGUUUAUACACUGUUGGUGAAUUAAGAUGCGUACUGCACCAGGAUACAUGGAUGUCAGUGUACACCUUGAAAAGAACAAGCUCUGUCUAGUUCCAAAGCAGUAGUUGUACCAUCACAUGCCACUGCUUCAACAGCUAACAAUUUGUACAUAGACCUUGCUGCAGCACUGUUAAGAGAA